AUGAAAGAUUUGAUGGUUAUCGGUUUGCGAAAUAAGAUCAUCUUUCUCAAGGUACCUUGCAUCACUUUUUCGAAAUUGUACGAACUUAACAAUGACCUGAAUCCAAACGCUUUCAAAAAACAACAAACUAUAGUAAUUCUUAAUUUAAUUAAAAAGAACGUUCGGAAAGGAUGUGUAGACAUUAACGAUUUUGAGCAAGAAUUAGUGAAAGCAAUCAGAUAA